AUGUCUCCGUUGUGUUGCGAAUCGUUUGCUCGACCUGUGAUUGCGAUGAGUAAUGAAGUGAUCGCUGGACUCAAUCUGACGCCCGAACAGCAAAGGAGCGGAGCGUUUGGCAAGAAUCCCAAAUGUGCCCGAUGUAGGAAUCACGGCAAGGAUGUCGCCCUCAAAGGCCACAAAAGGAAGUGCCCGCGUAAAGAGUGCAAUUGCAGCAAGUGCAUUUUGAUAGUGGAGAGACAGAAAAUAAUGGCCGCACAGAUAGCGCUCAGAAGACAACAACAACAGGAGGACGAAGUGAGACAAGAGAUGGAAGAGAGGCCAACAAACUCUUCGCAGACCAACGACUCGAACGCCAAUCAAACAAAUUCACAGCAAAAUAGUGCCAAAAGAAGUGCCGACGAAGACAUCACUACAAUAGACACCGAUUCCGACGAUGAAAUUGAUAUCAAAUCUGAACCGUUAGACGAUUCUUAUGAUGAAAAUUCUGAUUCGGAAUCGGAUGAAGAGAUGACCGAUAAAGUGAAGAAAUUGAUUGACUCAAUGAAAAGUCGAGGAAUUGAUUCAAAUUCAUCCACAUUUUACUUAUUGUAUACAAUUCUUGACUGCAAUAAUAAAAGUGUCAAACAGUCGACCGAAAGAAUAUUUGAAUGUAAGUUUUGGACCACCAUUUCUAAAGUGAAUCAAGAUUUGUUGGUAUCUGUCAGUGGAUCCAAACCUAAGAGCAAUAAAACAAAAAGAAAAAGGCAUUCGGAAGAGCCAUCAAUUCAUUCAAACCAAUCCAUAAAGAUUUCCAAAUCACCAGAAAUCCCAUGUAUCGACCACUCAAACCACUCAAACCAAUCAAACCAAUCAUUUAGCGAAUCCAUCAGUAAUACAUUCAAAUUAUUCGACGGCAAUUAUGACACCAGUGAUGCCAUCCGUCACCACUGGUUCUCUUAUACUGAGUUCAUCGCCGAUUACAACUGGCAUAUCAUCCAUACCGAUGAACAAUAG